AUGAUGAUGGUUGAUGAAGACGAUGAGGAGGAGCAUCAGAGGUCAGUGUUAGAACAAGUGUUCGGACCCUCAAUCUCCGACGAUUGCGACGGUAGAUCCGAUUCCGAUUCAGAUAUGGAGGAGCAGCAUCAGAAGACGGUGCUAGAAAAAGUGUUCGGACACUCAUCCUCUGACGAAGAUACCAACGACGUUAGAUCUGAAUUCGAUUUCGAUUCCGAUUCCAAUUCCAAUAAUUGUAAAGAGAAGAAGAACAAUUGGGAACCUAUUGAAGAAGUGAAAGGGUUAUGGAUGUUAAGAAACUUCCUAUCAAUUCAUCAACAAUCUCGCUUACUCUCGGCAAUCGAAUCGGAGCAAUGGUUCACACAACCUUCAAUCAACCAAGCAAUGCGUUUCGGUUAUCAAAACCUACCUCAUUGGGCUAUCAAACUCUCUCAUUCAAUUCAUCGUUCUUGUUCCGAGUCAUCUUUUCUCCCACCAAAUCUGUUGCAGAGGGAACCGUUGUUUGAUCAAAUGAUAGCAAAUUUCUACCAACCAGGUGAAGGCAUAGCGCCUCAUGUUGAUCUCUUGCGGUUUGAAGAUGCCAUUGCUAUUGUCUCUUUGGAAUCAUCUUGUGUCAUGCAUUUCAGUUUGGAGGAGCAAUCUGUUCCUGUUUUGCUUACUCCUGGUUCGUUGGUUAUCAUGUUUGGAGAUGCUAGGUAUCUUUGGAAUCAUGAGAUUAAUAGGAAACCUGGGUUUCAAUCAUGGCGAGGACAAUUCUUGAAUCAAACUACGCGGACAUCCGUUACCCUCAGAAAACUCUGUUCCUCUGCUCCCCCAAUCUAA